AUGGCUGAAGAGAGGAUUAAAAUUGAUGCCAGGGCUACCCGAAAUCAUGAGGCCUAUGGAAAUGAGCUGACGAAUUACAACGCCUCGCUGACGUCGUCCGUUCUCGAUUAUCGAAGGGAGAACGGCAGGGUGUAUCAUGGAUACCGUGAUGGCAGCUACCUCAUGCCCAAUGAUGAAGAAGAAGCGGAUCGACUAGACAUGUUGCAUGAAAUGAUCUUGACAACAAUGCAUCGGAAGCUCUUUCUUGCGCCUAUUGGCGAGUCGCCGACGCGGGUUAUUGACCUUGGGACAGGCACGGGGAUUUGGGCUAUUGACUUUGGUGAUCAGUACAUGGAUACAGAGGUAGAAAGACAACAAUUCGAGUGGCUCAAGCAUAUGCUAAGCCCUUCAUGCCUAGGUCAUUGGGUUCCUCCAAACGUGAAGUUUCUUGUUGACGAUAUCGAGUCCCAAUGGGUCUAUGACAAACCAUUUGACUUUAUUCACGCGCGAUUUCUUGCAAUUUCCAUCAAAAACUAUAAGAAGCUAUUACAGCAAGCUUACGAAAAUACUGUCCCUGGAGGUUGGGUAGAAAUCCAAGACUGGGACUGCACGCUGCGCUCGGAGGAUGGCUCUACCAAGAACACCUCUAUCGAACAGUACUACGAUAUUGUCAUUGGGGCAUUUGAGAAGGCAGGGUAUGAAACAAGGCCAGGACCCAACCUAGAACAGUGGUUCCGUGAGGUAGGCUUUGAAAAUAUCCAUGUUCAGAAGUAUCGAGCUCCGAUGGGAGUCUGGCCAAAGGAUGGGCAUUUGAAACAAAUCGGUCUCUGGAACCUCCACCAGGCAGGAACCGGCUUCGAAGCUGCCGCCAUGGCCGUCUUGACGCGAUAUGAAGCAUGGACUCCUGCAGAGGUGACUGUACUGGUUGCAAAGGCGAGGAAUGAUUCAAGGAAUCCUGACAUUCACCCGAUUUUUGAUUUCUACGUUGUAUACGGCCAGAAGCCCAAGAAUCCACGCUAG